UCCCCUUCACCUGCGUCUAAUCGACAGCUGUGUGCGCAGAAACAACGCUUGUACCCUCACUAUCAUAUUAUUGAUGUAUGCGGACAUCCGCAGCAGCCUUUGUAGCCUGACUGUGGCCGUCUUCGGACGUUCAAGCGACGCUACUCCUGCCUGAAAUUCUUUUGUCUGCGCAACUGGCAGCAACAUUUGUUGAUCAGGAAUUGGGAAGUAAACACGCUGGCCUGCGCUCAUGAUUAGAGGCGAGGUGAAAUUCAUACCUCAGACUCAGAUUGCCCCUUGAUCGCAAGUUAAUUUUACUCCGGAGCACACGAACUGUUGGCUCUAAUGGCGUCAGUUUCGAAGGUGUCUAUUCUAGAUUACUUUAAUAUUGUGUUUGAAGGUGAGAAUGGCAAAAUCGAGUCAAACUGCAAGGCUUGUGGCACCAGAAUCCAGGCGAAGCGGAGUGUCACGUCCAACUUCGUAACACAUCUCAAGCGGAAACACCAGGCAAUGUAUGAUGACUUUGUGAAAAGGAAGGACAUGAAGAGAGAGGGGUACUCCACCGGUUCCCUGCACACUUUCACCACCAACGGAGGGAAUAAUCGAUACACUCUUCCCAUCAGUACUGGAGUGGGAGGAGGCGGAGGUGUUGGAGGAACGGGAACUCUAGAGGGAGGAGCAGGAGGAAGCUCUGGAGCAGGGGUUAGCAAGUUUGACAGACAUGACCCACGUCAGGUUUUGAUCUCUGAGGCUAUAGCUAAGAUGAUUGUGCGUGAUCUGCAGUCAGUAUCCAUAGUAGAAAAUCAAGGCUUCAGAGAGCUGCUUCAGCUCCUGGAGCCACGUUACACUCCUGAGCCCCAGCACUACAUCCAGAGUCAGCUCCUCCCCGCCUAUGCCUACCAGGCCCAGCUGGCUACCCGUCAGGCCCUGGCCUCAGCACAGACCCUCAGCCUCAGCCUAGAUCUCUGGAGGGGUUUAUCUGGAGCAACUUCAGGGUACCUCGGUGUCACCUGCCAUUUUCUUACAUCUGACUGGCAGAUGCAUUCAGCUCUCCUGGCGUGCCUUCCCCUGACUGGUGGCAGCUCUGGGAAUCGUGUGCUGUCAGAUUUUGAUGAAGUAUGUCACUCUCAUGGUGUGUCAGGGAGAGCAUUUCGUGUUGUGGCGGACCCUUUCCUGGCAACAUCAACAGUAAAGCCAUGUUGUCUUCCUGGUUUCCUGGUUUCAUCUCCUCUUGCUAAUAUGCAAGAAGAAGACGAUGAAGAAGAAGUGGGCAAUGGUAACAAUGUGGAGGAAGGGAUCAAGAACGGCCAUGGUGAUGGGGGAGAUGAAAGAGAAUGGGAAGACUCGUGGGAACGGGGUCUGGGUGUUUGUCGGGUGGACUGUUUCUCUCGGUCUCUUGAACAGUGUGUCAGAGAGGGGUUAUGCUCCUGUCCACAGCUCUCUUCUGCACUGGCAAAGGCGGCCUGUUUCUACAACUACAUUACCUCUGCUGUCCCACCUGAAAAACUCAACCAGGUGUUUGAUGGUCCUGGUUUGAUGAUGGGCGGACCAGGAAACGCCUCUCUUGCAGCAAGACACUGGGCUUCUCAGCUUAAGGUGCUUCGGCGGCUACUGGACUCAGUGGAGUUCCUGGAGGAGAUGAGUGGUCCAGGGGAGCUGGCGCUGGGUGUGUCAGAAAGAGCCCUGCUGAGGGAGCUCACUGACACUUUAGAGCCCUUCACUGAAGCCUGGGACAUGGUGCAUGGGGACAGACCAGGUGACACACAGACAGAACGACACGCGUCCAUCAGCCUGGCUCUGCCGUGUGUCCUGGGUCUUCGUAAGCAUCUCUCUGAGACGUCAACCCCUCACUGUCCCUCUCUCCUAGUGGCUCUGAACCAGGCUGUAGAGCACCGACUGGCCCCUAUCCUGGAGGACCCUCUCUACAUCACUGCCACUACCCUGGACCCCCAGUUCAAGCUCACUUGGAGCAGCAACCCUGACUGGCACAGACAAAUUCUUUUAGAGGAGUUAUCCAAACAUUCCACAGCCUCUAACCCCAGAGAGCCCAACACAGACCUGCAUUCUCAAUCACACACUCCUCCUGCUCCUGCACCAUCACCAGUCUCUUCACUUUCUCGGCCCUGCAAGCUGUUCUCUUUCAUCAAGCAGAGACCCACAACACAGGCCAAGAGCUUAGAGCAGGAACUGGCUGCCUAUCUACGAGAGGAACCUACGGAUGAGGAGGCUUUGCAUUACUGGCAGCGUAAAGCAAUUGACUUUCCUCUGCUUGCCCAGGUGGCCAAGAAGGCAUUUACCAUACCUGCUUGUGGCACUGUGGUGGAGAGUAUUUUCACUACUGCUGGGCGCUGCCUGCGGCCGGAGAGAGGCCGCGUCUUACCAAAGAAUCUGGAGACUCUCAUCUACCUCAAAGCUAACUACACAUUAUUAUGGACUUAGAGCUGAGAGUCAGACAUUUCAGGCUUUAUACCUACAGUAAUAUUACUUUGUGGAUACUCACCUCUAUAAGGAAACGAGUUAGGAAUGUACCAUAGUCUUCAUACUGUAUCAUUUGAUAUGAGAUGGAAUGAAUUAUUCAGAAUUCCAUAGCCAAAGCUCUGUUUCUAUACUUGAGAAGGGUUUUUAGGCCACAGUAGUAGUUGUCUGUUUACCAUGUAACCUACACACCAUCAUGCCACACACUGUGGACUGAGGGGACUAGAAGCAGGUCAAUACUAAAGCAUUUAACAUUAUUUUGCCUGGUUCUCCAGACGACCACAAGACGACAAAGCCCUCAGUCUCCAUCUUCCACACCCCUAAGUCAAUACCAGCCAACACUGAUAUACCGACUGAAAAUGAAACGGUGAAGUAUCAUAUACAGUAGCAUACGACUUACUGUCACUCACCCUAGAGGUUGUGACUAAAUGAUUUAUUUAUAAAGGGAGGCGUCAGCUGCUGAACAAUAUGCCACUUGUUCUUUUUUCGCUCUACAUAUGUCUCAUUAUAGGGACACACAGGUGUGUGCACUAAUGCAUGUGUGCAUGUUACACAUUUUUUGCCAGUGGAGAAAAGUUGAAAUCUGCUUUAUAGCUCUGUUUUUAUACCUUAAUUUAUUUACAGUAUAUCUUAAUAGCUCCACAAAUGGUCUGUGAGAGUGCAGGUCUUGAUUUCAUUUUUAUUAUCAGCACAUUUUCACUUUUUCAAUCCUGUCACCAGGAUUACCUCUUUCUCACAGUGGCAACACAGCUUUGUUCCAGUGUUACUGUUUUUGCUGUUGCUCAAAUCCGCUUCAGAGGAAGUGCAUUAAUCGGUGUGAGAUGCACUGAGAUGUCCUUUAUAGAUCAUCAUUAUCAAAAAAUGCUCUGCUCUUAAUGAUUAUCACCCCAGGAUGUCUCUGUGGAUUUAGAUGUCUUGCUAGAUAUCUGCGUGGGUGUGUCAGUGUGUUCAUUUUUGAAAAGUGUGUUUUUGCUCAUCUCCAUGAGCAUGCUGUUGUUUGUGUGUGAAUUUAUGUGGAGCAGCUUGACACGUCUCUCUCGACCCCCACCCCCUUUGGCUGUGACAGCUCAUCCAUUUGAGUUAGACAAGCCGGCUGGGCUGCGGUCCUGUUGGUAAUUGCCUCUGAAAUGAAUUACUUGGCAAGAGAGUGAAACCGAGGGAGAGGAGGAAAUUGUAAUUGAACUGCCCCCUCCCUCCUGCUCGCUCCCUUAUGCCUCAAGUUAUUACAUCUGCAGUGCAGAAAGCCAUUUUCUGUCCACACAGACACUCGUACACACAAAAAUGCACACAUGCUUACAAAACCAAUUUUCCCCUCCCCCAUGCAGUGGCCUCAGCAGAGGGCCAUAUUGAUGCAGGAUGAUUUCAUAGAUUGAUUGUUCACAGGCAUGUGCACACUGGGCCACACUGCACUCCUGCACUCUUAUUCAUAACACCAAGACAAACACGGUUCUUACACAUUGAAUGUUUGUGUUUGUUUGAGCUGCUCAGCUCCCAUCUUCCCCUAAUCAGGGUGCCCUUUAGCUGGCCUUGGCAUUGUGCUAAGGCCUAAUGGGCUGCAGGAACUGGCACAUACAAAAGUGGUGUCCAGUAUCAGAAGAGCGCUGGUUAUCCCAUAGACAUAGAUACACACAACCAAACACUGUUAUUAAUAACUUGCCUGUUGACAGUUAAAGGCUGAUUGAUUAAAGAGCUGCCACUUGUUGUGUUUGAGGUUGUACUUUUAUGCAUAGAAUAUGGUAUUUUAAUUUCUUGAUUUAGCAUAAAUUGUUGUUGGAAGAAAUGUAAGUCCUUUUUUGGCUAGGUUUAUGCAGCACAUUGGUGCUCAAUCUUGUGUUGUGCUUUGGCCUUUUAAUAGCAAGGACAUGGAAAAAGGGGAGUGAGUCAACUGAGCCACUUACCCUUACCCCAGCCAUACUGUAUGUGUUGUGACUCCAGCCGCUGGACCCAAUAGCAUCUGUUUCUGUAAAUAUACUAGAGUUUUCACCUCUCUUACA